CACUCUGAAGGUCACUGCACAGUAUCUUUACCACAUGUACACAAUAUCAAAACUCAUUGUUCAGCCAAGCAAGAACAGUGGGGUCAUGCUCGACUGCGUUCCAGUGAAGCAUUGAGCCAAUGACUUUGACCAAUUACUUAAAACAGGCAUAUAUGUUUUCUUCUGGGUUCUUUUCCACUCCAAAGUGAAAAACUCCAAGAUGUGGCCUUCAAAAUCCUGGCAGCAGGGGAACAGCUCUGAUUGGUCCAACCUGACCCUUCACCUGGAGGAGUCCUUGACCAGUGCGUUGGGUCACUAUCUCAACAACUGGAGACAUAACAUGACAGCUGCAGCCGAGGCGUUAGACAUGACUCUGGCUGAGGAGAAUGUCAGGAACAUUAUCUGGUAUCUGGUGGUGAUGAUCGGCAUGUUUGCCUUCAUUACUGUGGCCAUCCUGGUGAGCACGGUGAAAUCCAAGAGGAGGGAGCACUCCAACGACCCCUACCACCAGUACAUCAAGGAGGAUUGGACUGCUCAGUUACAGCAGAGUGGCGGGGUAGUGACUAACUUUGCAGCUUUAUAAGACACAUGCUGUAUAUGUUUAACUCAAAGCAAGUCUAAAUGAGAACUAACAAUAGUGCAAUAGGAAAAUGGCUUCUACCCAUUACCCCUGAUUUAAAUUGAUUUUUCGACAUGAUGUAACAUUAGUUAUCUGUAGAAGUUCUUACCAUUAAGCAGAUGAUGGGAGUAAGUCACACAUAUGCAAGUCCCAAGCAAGUCUCAAGUCCAAAGUGCAAGAAUCAAGAAAGUUACAAGUCAAGUCUAAUGAAUAUAGAAGAUGAAGAUGAUUUCCCAGAAAUUCCACAUUUAAAUAGGCUAAAAAAAAGACAUGUCAUUUCGAAUUGUUAGAGUUUUAUGUGUAACAGAAAUACUGCAUUACUCAUACAAUGUAAGGACUUCUUCAUGGUCCCAUACAACUGAAUUGUUCAUUAACAUCAAUAAAAUGAAAAAAAUACAGAGCC